AUGUCGCCCGUCUGGCUUCUCCCUGUCGUUACUCUCAUCGUUGCAUCGUCUUCAGGAGGCGUUCUCGCCCAAGCUAUCGGGCCCGUAUCUCCAUCUCACGCUCUUCUCACCAUCACUUUCUCAAUAUUCCUGGUUUCUGUCGGCCUCUCGCUUGCGCUCAUGAUUCUCACGAUUUAUCUCUAUCGCAUGAUUCUCUACAGGCCUCCUCAAGAUAUCUCUUCGCCGUUUCUGGGCAGCACCAGUGCAGGCGACAUCGUGUACGCUGUGUGCAUCUGCAUCGUAUUUAUCAUGUGGUCAUUAGCGACAAUGUGGUUGGUCUUCGCGUUGCUCAGCCUCCAGAGCGUUGUGCGGAAGACACGAUUCCCGUUCAGGAUCUGUUUCUGGGGGAUGAUUUUCCCCAAUGGCGUACAUGCGAACUUGACGAUCACGCUCUACCGUGUACUCGACGUGCGCUUCUUCCGAGUGUGGGGUGCUGUCUAUGCCGUGCUCACGUUUGCUGUAUGGUCCAUCGUCUUCGGACAGCCAUGA